CACGUAUUUCGAUCCGACCGAAUCCCUUCUUGUCCCAAUGUUCUUGGUCGCUCUUCUUGAUUUCUAGGGUUUCCGCUCUUCCGAUCUUCCCUCCCUUCUUCUUUCUCUCUCUGGAUCUCUCAAAUUCCUUUUGAUCUCGUCGCGGAUCUUGGUGUUCGAAUCGAAGAUGUACGGAUUCGAAGCCCUAACAUUCAACAUCCAUGGCGGGUACCUGGAGGCGAUCGUCCGGGGCCAUAGGUCUGGCCUGCUCACCGUCGCCGACUACAACAAUCUCUGCCAGUGCGAAACCCUGGACGACAUCAAGAUGCACCUUUCCGCCACCGAGUACGGCCCCUACCUCCAGAAUGAGCCUUCUCCGUUACAUACAACUACAAUUGUCGAGAAGUCCACUCUGAAACUGGUUGACGAGUACAAACAUAUGUUAUGCCAAGCGACGGAGCCAUUGUCAACUUUUUUGGAGUACAUAACGUAUGGUCACAUGAUAGACAAUGUUGUUCUUAUUGUCACUGGGACCUUGCAUGAGAGAGAUGUUCAGGAGUUAUUAGAAAAAUGCCAUCCUUUGGGUAUGUUUGACAGCAUUGCAACCCUCGCUGUUGCUCAAAACAUGCGUGAGCUAUACAGAUUAGUUCUUGUUGAUACACCAUUGGCUCCAUACUUCUCAGAAUGCAUCACAUCUGAGGACUUGGAUGACAUGAAUAUUGAAAUUAUGAGGAACACGCUUUACAAAGCUUACCUCGAGGAUUUUUAUAAAUUCUGCCAGAAACUAGGUGGGGCAACUGCUGAGAUAAUGUCUGAUCUCCUUGCUUUUGAAGCUGAUAGAAGAGCUGUCAAUAUCACCAUAAACAGUAUUGGAACUGAGUUGACUAGAGAUGAUCGGCGGAGGCUUUAUUCUAAUUUUGGUUUGUUGUAUCCCUAUGGUCAUGAAGAACUUGCAGUCUGUGAGGACAUUGACCAGGUUCGUGCUGUUAUGGAGAAAUAUCCUCCGUAUCAGUCAAUUUUUGCCAAAAUGUCUUAUGGUGAAAGCCAGAUGCUGGACAAGGCAUUUUAUGAAGAGGAAGUUAAAAGGCUUUGCCUAGCUUUUGAACAGCAGUUUCACUUUGCUGUGUUCUUUGCAUACAUGAGACUGAGGGAGCAGGAGAUAAGGAACCUGAUGUGGAUCUCUGAGUGCGUGGCACAGAAUCAGAGGUCCCGGAUUCAUGACAGUGUGGUCUACAUGUUCUGAGUUUUCCCUGUUCGGUUCAAACUUCCAAGAUCAAUUAGGGACGCAGCUGUUCAUCCUGUGAUUUGGCUGUAAAUCUAUUCUGACUGUUGACUGUUGCAAGUCAACAGGAUCAUAUAUCUUUUAUCAUGGCAUGACCAAAAUCAUAUGUAAACCAUUCGUUUUAGGGGAAAGAUGCUGAAUUUUGUAAGCAGCUAAAUCGCCGUGUCGCUAAUAAUGGUCCAAGAUCGGGUCCUCCGAGUGUGGAUGGGCAGACGUUUGUUUAUUUGAAAAUGAUGCUGAUUCAUGCUUUUGUGCA